AUGGAUAAAGAGGCAAUCAAGUGUCUACAAUGUAAUAUCGUAGUGAAAGGCUCCAACAAUAAUUGUGACGAUCCAAAAUAUGUUGAUGAUUGUACAGCCUGUCUUAAAACCUAUACUAAAAUAGUUAACCACGAGAGCUGGAGAAAUACAAAAGAAUCUGUUUUCGAAUCGAGACUGUGUAUCAGGAAAACCGCUACAACCAAACUCCGAGAAAACGGAUGUUACUAUAACACUAACAAUGGUGGAUAUACAGAACAGUGUUAUUGUUACAAUGAUAACUGUAAUAGUGCUAAUGGAAUUCAGUGGAAGCCGAUGUUACUCGUGACAGCGUUUGUGGCAGUGUUUCAACUUAUUUUAGCAUAA